ACGCUGUGUUGGCUUUUUGAUGUGGCAUGAGUCGGCGAGCGGAAAAUGUGGCAGGAUGGAUAGACUGUUUCUUUUCACACUUUAAAGUCUAAAGAUCGUUUUGGCUUUUUGAUCGGUUCUUUUAAACUGUACCAUUCCCGUUCCUGAAAAGUGUUUAUUAAUAAUUAUUACCUGAUGGAUUCCGUUCGUGCUUGAACGACGAACCUCCGGAAAGCCACCGACCUGACUACGUCAUUGUGCCAUUUUCAAUUUUUGUUCAUAUGAGUAAAGUUUUUAUAAUCAUGGAUUGAUUUACGACUGGGAGGAUUUUCAUUGUUAAUGGGUUGUUCUGGAUAUUGUUUGUAAUAUCACGAUAAUGUUUUUGCCACCUGUGAUUGCUCCAGGCUAGUUCGCUGGUAUUAUCUUUUAUUCUUCCUGCGUGCGUGCGUGAUCCGCUUCCAGAAAAUGCUCAACACGAAAUUACGUGUUCAUACCAUUAAAAUUGUGAUUAUUACGUCGGUAGUAUGGUGCCUGUUCGGUUCGGCCAUAUUCGUAUAUUUUUCUGAUCUGUGUGAAAGCGGAUCUGACUCCGCGCUGGAAACAGCAGUCGGAGAUACCCUUCAAAAAAGAUCAAUAGGAGAUAAUUUAAUUUCGGGAAAAAAGGAAUCUCUUGAUGUGAAGCCGAAAAAGGGUAGGCGGCAGGCCACCAAGAAGCCUGGAAUCGUUCGUAGGAUCUUGAAUAAUGUGAUCCCCUCAAAUCCUGAUGGACCCGGUGAAAUGGGUCGCGCAGUCGUCCUGUCCGGUGCAGAUGAGCAGCGCGCCAAGGACAUGUUUAACAUCAACCAGUUCAACUUGUUAGUGAGCGAUCGUGUGGCGUUAAACCGUACCUUGCCGGAUGUGCGCAUGACACAAUGUCGCACUAUUGUCUAUCCCGCCUUGGAAUCCCUACCAAAAGUCUCCGUCGUUAUUGUGUUUCACAAUGAGGCUUGGUCAACGCUGCUGCGCACACUGCACAGCAUUAUUAACCGGUCGCCCAUUGAGCUUAUCGAGGAGAUUAUCAUGGUGGAUGACAAAAGCGAGGAGAAAUUUGAGCAUUUAAAGGAACGUCUAGAGAAGGAGCUGCCGAAUUUUGAAGUGCCUGUUAAACUAUUUAGAAUGCCUUCACGGACAGGACUGAUACGCGCAAGACUAAAAGGGGCUGCGGAGGCGAAAGGAGAAGUGCUUCUAUUCCUUGAUGCCCACAUCGAAACAACUGAAGGCUGGUUGGAGCCUUUACUAGCACGGAUUGCAGAGGAUAAAAAACGCAUCGUUUGCCCAAUUAUUGACGUAAUCUCGGACGACACUUUCGAGUAUAUUACAGCCUCCGAUAUGACAUGGGGUGGGUUCAACUGGAAACUCAAUUUCCGCUGGUAUACGGCACCCAAUCGUGAAUUGGUGCGACGCGGUCAUGACCGCACACUGCCACUGCAGACGCCGACAAUAGCCGGUGGAUUGUUUGCUAUUAAUCGGGACUUCUUUUACGAGCUGGGAUCGUAUGAUGAGGGUAUGGAUGUGUGGGGUGGAGAAAAUUUGGAGUUCAGUUUUCGCGCAUGGAUGUGCGGUGGCAUCCUGGAGAUCGCAACCUGCUCCCAUGUCGGACAUGUCUUCCGUAAAUCCACUCCAUACAAAUUCCCCGGUGGCACUGCGACGGUAAUUAAUCAUAAUAGUCGCCGCGUGGCGGAGGUCUGGAUGGAUGAGUACAAGGACUUCUACUACAGCAUGAACCAGAAUUCUAAAAGUGUAGCCUUGGGUGAUAUCUCGGAGCGUCUGGCGCUGAGAAAAAAGCUGAACUGUAAAAGCUUCCGAUGGUACUUAGAAAAUAUUUAUCCAGAAGCUAUUGUGCCUCUGGAUUAUCACAGUAUUGGUGAAGUAAGAAAUCCUAAAAGCAAUCGCUGUCUGGACACAUUUUCCAAAAAGACCGGCGAACCGGUCUCGUCAAGUGCGUGCCACGGUUUUGGUGGUAACCAGGCAUGGAGUCAUACUGGAAGGGGUGAAAUCCAGAACGACGAAUUGUGUUUGGAUGCCACGACACUGGGUGGUAUUAUCAAGAUGACAACCUGUCAUCGGAAAAAGGGAAAUCAGGAAUGGCGGUAUAUUAGCAGUUCGAAAUGGCUGCAGCAUGUGCCUACACAGGGCUGUUUAAGUGCCUCAGUGGAUCCCAUGAAUCCUGAUACUCUGCGGUUACAGGACUGCAAUGUCUCCGAUCCCUUUCUGAUGUGGGAAUUGGGCGGGUUCAAGGGUUAAGAGAGGUUUUGGGACUCAAUUGUUGUAGGUUCUUCCUUCGGUUUUGUACGGUAGUGGAAAAUUUCUGUGCAAGUGCAUGCUGUGGUUAGAUAAUCGUCUUCGGUGGUGUGAAGUACCGAAUACUGAUUAGUACAUACAAAAAUACCAGUGAUGUUUCUUUGGCUGGAAUAUACAUUCCAAAAGAUAAAUCUAUUGCUUCUUUAAAAGUUGUUUUUUAUUGUCACAAACCAUUUUGCAAUAAACUGUUGUGCAUUCGAA